UUGCCAGUGAGACUGUAACGACUCAGUACAUGGACCACGACUCUGCUGCUGCCAGUCGUCGCAAACGCUCUCGGACACAGUACUACAACUUGAACGGGUGUCUGGAGUGUGAGGUGAAGGAUGCAGAGAUAAAGACACUGCGCAGGAGGAUCCAGGUCAUGGAGGAAGUGGUUGCACUGCUGAACCAGAAGCUGAGUGCAGUGCAGCAGAGCAGCAACGGAGUCCUGUUCAGUCCACUGGUCAUGCCUCCAGUGGUGUCCCAGGUGGUGAUACCUUCAACCUACACCACUCCACCCACCACCUCUGUCAAGGUUCAUACACCAGGAGUUAGUGUUGACAGCAACCACUGUAUCACUGCCACAUCCCCACAUGUGUCAUCUGACACUGAAGAUGCCUCCAGCGACAGUGCCUCCAUUGCAUAUGCACAGGCAGAGUUGUGCCCGUCAGCCGAGCAGCGUGUGGAGCUCAUUCCUGGUACAGGGGUCUACGUGACCCUCCCGCAACUGGAGGAGGCUCGCAGAGAGGCCAAGAACGGAACACAACUGGCCCGCAAACUGAUGGACGCAUUCUGGGACCGGGAGACCCUGGCUCGCUCCUCCCUCUCUUCCAAGAGCAAGUACCAGUACCAGCAGUUGGACCCAAAUGUCAUCAGUGCUAUUGAAGCAUAUUGCCUGAAUUUCGACAGCAACACUCACUCAAGGGACUUGCAUGCCUGCAUGACAGACAAGUGUUGUCAGGCCCGCAGUCGACGAGGGACUCCGUACAAGGUCGCUGCAGCUCUCCAGAAUGGAUUGCUACACAACGGAGUGGUUCAUAAUGGACUGCAUGGAAGCAGCUUGAAUGGCACCUGAGACUCUGCAAUCUUUGACAUUCUCGCAGAUCACUUAUGCUCACUAUAUACCUCCUUCUCCCCCAUGUACCGAGUCACAGUUAGCAGCACAUUAUAGAGGUUUAUUUCAAAAUCAAGAUUGUCUGAGUUAUUGAUUCUCUCCCUUCACUAACCUUUAUACUGUUUUUUCUUAUGUGUUUCAACCAUGUCGCUGAUCUGCAAAACUACCCAAGCUUUUUUUAUACUUUUGUAGUCAUCUCUCUAGUGGUGUAGCUAUUGACUUUACAUUUUUGAUUAACUCGUGAUUUAUUUUGAGAUUUUUGGGU